UCUUGCCUGUUCCCUUCUUCCAACUUUCUCCCUACUAACGGCAGGCCAAGACCGGCAUGCAAUUCCUCUCCGUCUUAGCUGCCUCUUUAGUGACCGUUGCUUCGGCGACAAAUUACGACGUUUCUGUCGGUGCAAACGGCCAGCUUCGUUUUGAUCCAGAGACCGUGACAGCUGCCGUCGGGGAUGUUGUCAAUUUCACCUUCCACCCGAAGAACCACACUGUCUCGCAAUCUUCGUUCAAUGAGCCUUGUGUGAAAGUAGCGGAUGGGUUCGACUCUGGGUUUAUGGCUGUUGCUGCAGAAGGAGGCGAUCUGCCAAGUUUCCAAGUCACAGUUAAUGAUACAAACCCAGUUUGGGUAUACUGCCGGCAAACGGGACAUUGUGGGAAAGGAAUGGUCUUCGCGAUCAACGCCCCUGCGGACCCGAACCCCCAUUCUUUCAGUGCAUUCCAGCAAUUAGCGUUAUCCAUUAACGGCACUAAUACCACGAGUUCCUCUGUCUCUGCCUCCGCGUCCGCCUAUGUGACUCCUCCUGCGCCGUCGGAAGUCACAGUAACAGCUACGGUAACUGUCGCUUCGUCGACAUGGACGACUACGUAUGCAAGCUAUGAUGGCACUCCGCCUCCCACUCCGGCGGCUCAGCCACAGGACCAUAAGAUCACCGUCGGGGCCAAUGGGCAACUGGCAUUCAGUCCCUCGAACAUCAGCGCCGCUAUUGGUGAUACGGUUACGUUCGAAUUCCACCCGAAGAACCACACCGUGACCCAGUCGAGUUUCCUGGCACCCUGCCAGCCGCUGGCUGAUACAUCGUCUAUUCAUCAAGUAGGAUUCGACUCCGGAUUCAACCCGGUUGCAUCUGAAUCUUCCAACUUGCCGACUUUCCAGAUUAAGAUCAACGAUACUGCCCCCAUCUGGGGAUUCUGCGGUCAAACGGGACACUGCGGAAAAGGGAUGGUCUUCUCCAUCAAUGCAGUGGAGAGUGGGCCAAACAACUUUGCUGCCUUCCAAGCGCUGGCAGAACAUGUUAACGGCACCUCGACGACCUCAGGCUCCGGCACUAGUACCUCUGCCCCUUCUUCGUCCAGUACCAAGGCCAGCAGUGCCAUGCACAUCCAGAAGAGCCCUGUUGUGGUGGUCUUGGUCGCGGGUCUGGCUGCUCUUUUCACGUGAAGAAACUAGCUACCUUGCACUUUGCACUUUGCACUUUGGGGUGGACUUUGAUAUCACGAGAUUGAUUAUGGACUAGUUUUUGGCUCUUUACGUCGGGUUGAAUUAACGUAAUAAUAUAAUAGUUCUUCUACGCUCGUUUAC